UAUCGAUCCAAUGGGAGUUGGUAGGAAUUCGUUACCCCACUAGACCACGUGUGCCAGAGAAUGUUGAGAAAGUUGGUAGCCUCAUUUCUUCCCUUGUGGUCACGCUGUCAACCCGUCCCCAAGUUUUCAAAGUCUGGUACUGUACAAGAAAGAUCAUGAAGAAGGCUCUAGGGAAAAUUCUCAGACGAACUGAGAGACGGGCUAUAAGGCGCGAAGAAGAUUCCGAUCAAGGUGGGUCCAGUGAGGCACACCACGUCACAUAUAGCGAUCCCACAACUUCACCCAAAGCGAGGCCGGAGACGUCUGCGGAUGUUCCAAAGAAGUUCCCUCCCCAAGAAGAGCAUGAACCCUCGAUAGCUCCCAUCUACCAGCGCAGAGGAUUGAGCGGGGGUAAUGCCAUCCCGCACGGUACGGCAACAAAUGUCGACAGGCGCACCCCGUUUGAACCACAGCAGCUGUGGGACGAGGCGUAUGACACCCUCCGUGAGGAAAAGCCCGCCUUGUUCAAGACAUACGAAAGGAUUCUCAGCCGGGAGCUUAGCGAAAGCCCUUCGUCGUCUCCGAAUCUCGAAGAACAGCAAGAUUUAAUUGAAAGGGAUCGAGGCAAGAGACAAGACCAGAUGAAAGAGCUCGUCGGCAAAGGUCUAAAGAAGACAGAGCGAGAGGCCCAAAUUAAACACCAUAUCGGUGAGGUCAUGGAUGUGAUCACUUCGACCAGCGAGCUCAUCAGCUUUGCGCUUAGCACAUGUCCUCAGGCUGCUCUGGCCUGGACGGGGAUAACAUUGGCUAUCAAGCUUCUCGCGAAUAUAGGCACAAGCUCGCAAGCCAACCUCGCUGGCUUGGAUUACGUGACUAAAAAGAUGAGUUGGUAUUGGGCAUUAUCCAGGUCUCUUCUUCAGAAAGGCACAACCGAUAUUUUGCUGGAUGAUGUGCGCUUGGAUCUGAAGAGCCAGAUUGUUGAGCUUUACAAGUCUUUGCUCUCCUACCAAAUGAUGAGCGUGUGCUCGUUUUACGAGAACCGAUUUCUAACCACGCUCAAGGACAUACUUAAUCUCAAGGGUUGGGAAGGAAGCUUGACAGAGAUCAAAGAAGCUGAAGCAAUUGUUCGCCAAAACUCUCAAACAUACAACUGUCAAAAGUCAAUGGACUACCACGAGAAACACAAUCUUCUCUUGCAGCGCAUAAACGACAGAUUUGGUCAGUCCAAGGAUCAGGAAUGCCUCCAAGACCUGUAUCUUGUGGACCCAGCAGCGGAAAUGAGACGAAUCGAAUAUUCCAAAGAUUCCAUCUUAGCCGAAUCCUUUGCAUGGAUUUUGGAAGAUCCACGCUUUUGCCAAUGGAGGUACCAAGAAAGGUCUCAACUACUUUGGAUAAGUGGCAAUCCGGGAAAGGGAAAGACAAUGCUCAUGAUUGGUAUCAUUAAGGAGCUAUCAAAUUCGAGUUUUGAUUCCAAUAUCCAGUCUUUCUUUCUCUGUCAAGAAAGUGAUGCAAAUCUCAACAAUUCCGAGGCAGUGCUGAGAGGUUUGAUUCAUCAACUAAUCAUUCAACAACCAGCUCUCAUCUCACACCUCCGGCGCCAGUGGGAUAGCCGUGGAGCGAAGGCUUUUACAGAUAGGAGCGCCUUCUUCAUCCUCUCUGAUGUCCUUAUUGAUAUCCUCCAGGAGCCAUUCGUCGGAGAUCGGUAUUUGAUGCUGGACGCUCUCGACGAGUGCAAAGAUGGUCGAAAGAAGCUGCUGAAGCUCAUUGUUGACAUUAUGGCCAAACCAUUGUCACGAGUCAAAUGGCUCAUUUCUAGUCGACACAAAGUUGAAAUCGAGGAGUAUAUGAACAGUGCAGAGAGAAAGCUCGACAUUAACCUUGAAGAGAACGCAAGAGAGAACAUCUCGCAUGCCGUUGAUGCAUUUAUUCGAUACAAGAUUACCGCUCUGUUUAAGGGUUACGAAUCAACUCUUGAAGAUAAACAGGGAUCAGACCUCAGUCACAGGUUGGAGAAACUGAAUCGCAUCAAACUCGACGCCACGGAGAUCUUGAGGGCAAAGGCAGAUGGCACAUUUCUUUGGGCAGCCCUUGUAUUCCGGCAUAUCGAGGUGCAAAGGUGCCGAGCUGACAAAAUUAUUGAGGUUGUCCGCAAAAUGCCGGAAGGACUCAAUGAACUAUAUGAUCAAAUGAUGCGGGAGAUUCUCAAGCAGGAAAAUGAUGACCUCGUCAUGGAGUGCACACAAGUGCUUCUUAUUAUGGCCAAUGUUAUGCGCCCGCUAAGAUUCCCCGAGCUCGAAAUGCUGGCUGACUUGUCUGAAUUUGCCGAUAUUCGCAUGAUCGUGAGUACGUGCGGACUGCUGUCUGUUCAGGGACACGAACAACUUGUCUCCUUUAUCCAUCAGUCUGCAAAAGACUAUCUUCUUGCACCAUUGAAAUCGACGGUUCUUUCGGAUGGCAUCUUCCCCAAUGGACACCAACAAAUACAUGACACUAUUUUAUCGAGAUCAGUUCUUGCCAUGUCCCGACAUCUGAAACAAGACGUGUACGCUUUGAGAGAUCCAGGGGUUGGGAUUGCCGAGGCCCGCCUUCGAGUCCCCGCCUCCAAACCUCUCGCAUCUAUUCAAUACAGUUGCCUACAUUGGAUUGACCAUCUGUGUUUGAUUACAUCGAAUGACUCGUGUCUAGACAUAUCGAUCCUAGAAAUAAUUGAGCUAUUUUGGAAGGAGCAUUUCCUUCAUUGGCUGGAAGCAACGGCUUUGACAAAUGCUUUAUCCCCCAAUGCCAUACUUGCAACGGACAAACUCAUCAGCCGACUUCUCGACUCCCAGCAUGCUGAGUUUCUUCGCCUUGUCCAAGAUUCUAGACAGUUCCUUUUGCAAAAUCAAGCUAUCACAAGCCACAAUCCUCUGCAGCUUUACUCCUCGGCACUUCUGUUCAGUCCAGAGCACAGCUUGACUCGAGAUCUUUUUAGACACAAAGAACCAGACUGGAUCGUACGAAAGCCAGUAAUGGAACCAGAAUGGGGAGCCUGUAUACAAUCAAUGAAUGAUUCGGGUGGCGCUUUGGCACUCACAUUCUCCCCAGACGGGCGGCAGAUACUAGCUAUCAGCCCAUUCUGUAUCAAGAUUUGGGAUGCCAACAGUGGCGCAUGUCUUCAAACACGCGAUAUUCCUGAAAUUUGGUUGAUUGGUCCAGCCACUUUCUCAUCCGAUGGUCUGCGUAUCCUGGUGAGGAGUUCUGCGUAUGUAGUCAGCAUCCUAGAUGUCGAAACUGGCUCUAUUUUGACAGACUUGGAUUGCAACGCCGCCGGGCUCCAAUCUAUCGCCUUUUCGUACGAUGGUCUAUAUUGCGCUGUGGGAUAUGAAGAUGGUACGCUGACGCUUUGGCGCUCUAAUGAUGGAACCUUUGUCCAAACACUCGAGGGCCAUGACAAGUCCGUUGUCUCCAUUUCCUUUUCACCUGACGGGAUGAAACUUGUCUCCGGGUCCGAAGACAACACCCUGAAAAUAUGGGAUGUGAAGGAAAAACAAUGUUUAAAAACGCUCGGACAUGCCGAUCGUGUGAAUGCAAUCGCCUUCUCUCCCAGUGGGACUGUCAUCGUGUCGGGGUCCGCAGGUGGUACAUUUAAGUUCUGGGACGCAGAGAACGGCAUUCUACUAAGGUCUAUCCCUCAUGAGGGUCGCGUCCGGUCCAUAGCCCUGUCUUCUGAUGGAAUGCAUCUUCUAUCGGGGGGCUUUGGCACAACUACUCAACUCUGGGAUGUGUACACUGGAAAUCGCUUGCAGGUAAUCGAUAGCGGCUGGCAAUGCAACGUCGCAUUUUCACCCGACGAUCGAUAUUUCCUAUCCGGCUCUGGCUCCCAGUUGAAGCUGUGGGACACCAAUGGAAGCGCUAUUCGCUCGGACAGAACAGGUUAUAGAGACAUGGGUGGCCUUGUGGAUGUGUGCAUUUCCCCCAAUGGCAUGCAAUAUGCGUCAGCCUAUAUGCGUGCAAGCCUGGAGAUCUGCAACAUUGGUGACGGCAUUUGUGUCAGGCCCAUCGCAGGUGAAAUCCAUACAAUGGCCUUCUCGCCAGAUAGCACGAAGAUUGCAGCAGCAUAUGGCAAGGUCAAAGCUGACGAGUCCGCUGAAAGCCUCGAGGUUUUGAGUUGUGGUGGUACUUGUACGAUGGCUUCCUGGCAAGCAGUGGAGCCAAUUACGGUGGUCGCUUUCUCGUCCGAUAGCACACAACUGAUCUCGGGGUCUCUAACUGGAUGGCUUCAGCGAUGGAGGAUUGGCACUAACCACCCCGUCCUAACGUGGCAAGCCCACAAUGGUCUGAUCUCGGCGGCUGUUUUUUCCUCUGAUGGCUCGCUAGUUGCAUCCACGUCUACGAACUCCAGUAUCAAACUUUGGGAUGCUAGCAAUGGUGCCCAUCGAUUGACGAUCACGCACGACCCCUUGUUUGAGUGCGUCGAGUCGAUCGCGUUUUCGGCCGAAGGUAGGUAUCUCAUAUCAUUAAGCGCUAUAAAAGGCAUGAUUCGAAUUUGGGACAUUGAAAGUGGUGUCUGCGUGAAAGAGAUCGCGGGACCCGGGUCUGUAUUUGAUCGAAAUGCUAUCUGUCCUUAUAUUGGCAACCCCGAAAGGCCCCAGUAUCCUCGCCUCGACUUCAAGCGGCCGUGGAUCACAUCUAAUGGUCGAAAUCUGCUUUUGGUCCCUACAGAAUAUGGGACCGAUAAUUGGGCAGUCCAUUCAAACAUGAUCAUCCUAGAUGUUCAGUCAAGAGGGGUAUUCGUGAUCGUAUUCUCGGAUACCGAUCCGUUCCCGAGUGAAGAACCCUAAGAGCACCUCCUAGCACCUGAAUUUGUACCUUAUCGCGGUACACCACUUCCACCCCUGAGUUGAGACCAUGGUAGACUCAACUAGUGCAUCACUUUUCCUAGAGAUAAUUUAGCUUUUUCUAGCCUCACUCGAUCUGUCGGUCGCACAACAACCGAAAAUGAGCAAGUGUGGCGAUCAUCCCAGCCCCAUGAUUCCACUACUUCUAUAAAUAUCCCUCGGAAAUGACGAACCCGACCCGCACCGCGCCACAUCACGUGCCCCUCCCGCC